UGAUUUUGAAUAUAUACCAGAACAGCUCGGUUUUCGGCAUUAUUUUGGUUAAAAAGAAAAAAAAAAAAAAUAGCAGCACUACUUCCUAGUAAGAAAAAGAUGAUUUCGUGCUUAGUUACAACUUUGUUGAACGCGCUAGGCGUAGUGGCAGCUCUGCUGGCCGUAGUCUACGCUUACUUCAAGUGGACCUACCAGUACUGGAAGAGCAAAAAUGUGCCUCACGUCGAACCCACCAUACCUUUCGGUAACACAGGCAAUCCUUUCACCCAACCAAGAGGCCAAAAUAUUGCUAAUAUGUACCACAUGGCUAAAGAAAAAGGUUGGAAGUACUGUGGACUGUACACGCUAUUGUCUCCCAUCUUCUUGGUAGUAGACAUAGACUUAGUUAAGACCAUUCUAACGAAAGACUUCCAGUAUUUCACAGACAGAGGACAAUACACAAACGAGAAAGAUGAUCCCGUGGGAUGCCACCUAUUCGCUCUUGGUGGUUCCAAAUGGAGGAACAUGAGAACAAAAUUAACGCCCACUUUCACGUCUGGUAAGCUGAAGGCGAUGUUCCAGACGCUGGUGGACUGCGGAUUGGUUCUUGAGGAGUACAUUGAAGAAAAUAUUAAACCGGAAGAAUCAGUGGACAUCAAGGAGGUUUUGGCCUGUUUCUCCACCGACGUCAUAGGGUCCUGCGCAUUUGGCCUUGACUGUAACAGCUUUAAGGAGCCCAACUCGGCGUUUAGGCGCUAUGGGAAUACGAUUUUCACCAUCGACAAGCUGGUGGCCCUCAAAGUACUAUUCUGUGGGACUUUUCCUACUCUUGCUCGUAUGUUGGGAGUACGGCAAGUUUCAAGAGAUACCGCAGACUUCUUCACCAAGGUAGUGGAGGAUACUGUGUCGUAUCGCGAGAAGAACAACGUGGUUAGAAAGGAUUUCCUGCAGUUGCUUAUGGAUAUCAGGAAUACAAAGGAUGGGCAGGAGAAUGGGAACGGUGCAGGUGAUGGCAACUCUUUGACGCUGAACGAAAUGGUGGCGCAAAGUUUCGUAUUCUUCGUAGCAGGCUUCGAAACCAGCUCCACCACCAUGACUUUCGCCCUAUUCGAGUUGGCCACGAACCCAGACAUGCAGGAGAGACUCAGGGAUGAAAUCAAUGAAGUUCUGGCCAGGCACGAAGGCAAGGUCACCUACGAUUCGCUGAGCGAGAUGAAGUACCUGGGACAAGUUAUAGAUGAGACUCUGAGGGUUCAUUCGCCAGCCCGGCUUUUGCGUAGAGUUUGCAACACCGACUACAAGGUGCCUGGGGAAGAUCUGGUCAUAGAAAAAGGUACCAGCGUAAUCGUUUCCGUAAGAGGCAUACAUUACGACGAGGAGUUUUGGGAGAAUCCUAAAGAAUUCGACCCAGAGCGGUUCAGCGAGGAGAAGAAGAAGAACAUGAACCAGUACACUCACUUGCCUUUUGGUCAAGGCCCCAGGAUGUGUAUCGGAGAAAGAUUCGGCGUGAUGCAAACCAAGGUAGGUCUGACAUGCCUUUUGAGGAAGUUCAGGGUGAAGCUGGAUAAGAAGACGAAACUGCCACUGAAGAUGUCAUCAAGAACCCUUGUCAACUCCGCGGAAGGUGGCAUUUGGUUGAAUCUGGAAAAAAUAUAGGCUUCCAUAUUAUUAAAUAUUCGGGCUUUGUUUAUAAUACGAAAAAAUUUGUUAUAAAUAUGUGAAUUAUAUUAAUUUUAAG